CUCAAAUAUGUCUGGUCCUCUUCCAACUGCAAGUGUCCGGAAAGAUUUAGAUUAGAGGCGGUGUGGCGCCACUCCAAAUUCCCCUCAAACGCCUCCAAACAUGGCCUUGGCUCAAGUCUCUGCUUCUCUUUCUCUUUCCGUUCAUGAUAUCUGUCCUAUCAGCUCACCAAGAACCCGUACAAUAGCUCGUUUACCCAUUUCGAGUUUUUCUCGAAGCAGCUCCACUUUUGCCACUGGUUCCCCUCUCUUGAUAAGGAGAACAUCUCACCAGAGGAAGCCUGUGUGUAAAGCAACAUCAGUUUCCAUCAAAUGUGAGCAAAGCACCGAGGAGGGUAACAGUUUGGAUGUAUGGCUAGGACGGCUGGCAAUGGUCGGCUUUGCAGUGGCUAUUACUGUUGAAAUAUCAACUGGCAAGGGACUUUUGGAGAAUUUUGGCCUCACAACCCCCUUGCCUACAGUGGCCUUGGCAGUAACAGCAUUGGUUGGUGUUUUGACAGCUAUUUUUAUCUUUCAGUCUGCCUCUAAAAGUUGAUCACUGUUAAGGUCUUACAGUUUAUCAUCCUGAAGAUGUUUAUAGCUGCAUUUUUGUUCAUUGACUGUAGUUCAGUUGUCUUGCCAACAAUAGCAUACGUUUGAGAUUGUACAAGAGAUUCGACUUUAAGUUUAUGUGAAUGCCUUCCUCUCUUUGUGUUUCUUUUA